AGACCUUAAGCUUGAGCACUGCGACAUGCAUUGUGUGGCCUAUGAUCGAAAAAAGAUGUGAUAGUCUUGUGGUGAAGAUUGUACCCGUCUUUUGCUACCGUAUCGUUCAAAUCAGUAACGUAUAUAAAGCAAAACUCCUCGUCGCCAGGGAAGUCAAUUCUUCUAUAUCUGGCAGAUACCAUAACGCUAUCAAUAUGCUCUCUCUAUAUCUCCUCCUCAUUGGAUUCUGCACAACAUCGUUAUGCUCAGCGUUCCCGACAACGACCUCCUCGGGUCAUUGUAACAAUCCACCAAAAAGACUCGAAUGGAGACAGCUACGCGAGCCACAGAAGAAAGCCUAUAUAGAUGCUGUUCUGUGCUUAACAAGAAAGAAGGAGAAGUCGGGAAUUGCGGGGGCAGUCAACCGGUUUGAUGAUCACCAGGCCGUGCAUAACAGUCAAACGCCGGCUAUUCACUGGGUUGGUCACUUCAUGCUGUGGCACCGCUACUUCGUAGCUACGUAUGAAAAGGCGUUAAGGGAUGAAUGCGGAUACAGCGGGGGGCAACCGUACUGGGACUGGUCGCAAGACGCCUCGCCGCAUAACCCACUCUCCACGCGCGCUUUCCACUCCGCCAUCUUCAGCCCUGACCAUGGCUUCGGCGGCAACGGCGCUUUCAUCGCACCGACCGCUGACCAGAAUCCGUUGAACAUUACCGGCGGGACGGGUGGCGGCUGCGUCAAGAACGGCCCAUUCGCGCCCCCUGCUUUCAUGCUCAACUUCCCCACGCUGGACUGCUUACGACGCGACUUCAUCCCCGCAAUCAUGAACACAUUUGCGGACCCAGCGUUAGUGCAGAACGUGCUUGCACAGCCGGACUACACAAGUUUUGCGCGAGCCGUGGAGAAUGUGCCGAGUUUCGAGCAGCCCAACAUCCAUGGGAGUGGGCAUUUUGGUGUUGGGGGUGUUCUGGGCACGAUUGGGAAUGCGGCGAAUAGCCCGGGUGAUCCGCUCUUCUUCCUCCACCAUGGAAAUCUCGAUCGAAUUUUCUGGACAUGGCAACAAGAGGACCUCAAGAUACGUCUGAAGCAGGUCGGCGGGCCCAUCUUCCCGUUUGACUACAGUGGAAAGAAUGUGACGUUGGAUUUCACCGUCAACAUGGGAAAGUUGGCAGGUAAUGUGACGCUUGAAGAUUUGUUGAAUACACAGGGGAAAACGUUAUGCUACAUGUACUAGAUGAAGGGGGCAAUCUGAAUUUCAAAGUUAACAAUCACUGAAAAACUUGAGAGUACAUGUGUUAUUACUUAGUUUGGCUUUUUCUGUAAUACUCUCAGGUCGCCCCCGAUAUUUUUACGUGUUGAAAG